AUGAGCGAAUCCUACGAACGAGAGUCGCAAAACAACGAACUCCUCAACUCACUCGCGCACAAAACAUCGGCGCUGAAAUCGGUUACGAUUGAUAUUUACGAUAAUGCGCGUAAUCAGGAUACGCUGGACAAUGCUAAUGAAGUCUUCUCAAACAUGUCCACGAGCCUGCGAGGCAGCGCCGGCCGUCUGACGCGCGCGGCGCGCGCUGGCGAUAAAGUUGCUGUGCUCAAGGUUGCGGGGAUUUGUGUUGGUGCUGGGGUUGGGGUGUGGGUUGUGCUGGGAUGGAUAUUCUGA